AAGACUUUUGUAAGCAUACACAUAACACAUUCACAACUGCUCUUGUAUCUAUUCGCCGAUACAUCCAUAGUUAUCAAAAUCCGCUGCCUACCCAUUUCAUAAUCCGUGAUUUUAGUCCGGCCCAGUUGCUUUGAUCUUCACUUGCUGUGAUGGGGAGCAGAGUGGAUAAUGAGUAUGAUUACUUGUUUAAGAUAGUGUUGAUUGGAGAUUCUGGGGUGGGGAAAUCGAACAUACUGUCUAGGUUUACGAGGAAUGAGUUCUGUCUGGAGUCUAAGUCUACUAUUGGAGUUGAGUUUGCUACUCGAACUCUCCAGAUUGAUGGAAAGACAGUGAAGGCACAAAUAUGGGACACUGCAGGACAGGAGAGGUAUCGAGCUAUCACUAGUGCUUAUUACAGAGGAGCUGUUGGUGCUCUCCUUGUCUACGACAUCACUAAGAGGCAAACAUUUGAAAAUGUCAUGAGGUGGCUACGUGAAUUGAGAGACCAUGCAGACUCAAACAUUGUCAUUAUGAUGGCGGGAAAUAAGUCUGACUUGAAACAUCUUAGGUCUGUUGCAGAGCAAGACGGUCAGGCUUUGGCUGAGAAGGAAGGCCUCUCUUUUCUGGAGACAUCAGCUUUGGAAGCAGUCAAUAUCGAGAAGGCAUUUCAGACCAUCUUAACUGAGAUAUACCAUAUCAUAAGCAAGAAAGCAUUGGCUGCGGAGGAAGCUGCAGCAACUGCCCUUCCUGGUCAAGGGACCACCAUUAACAUAGGGGAUGCAUCCGGAAACACAAAGAAAGCUUGUUGUUCUACUUGAGUUGAAAUCUUGAGGGAGAGUUGCCAGAACUAAUGUGGAACUUAAACUUGUGUCUUUUUCUUUUCAUCCUAUAGCAUGUAUCUGUAGAAUAUUUUCUUUACUUUGUCAACUAACUUAGUUGAAAGGAGUUAAAAGUAAGUCUUGUGAAGGAA